AUGCCUCCCCUCUACUCCAACCUCCCCUUGACCGCGCGGGACUCGCUGGAGCUAGCAUCGCUCGCCUCCUCCAGCCCGGGCGCCGCGACCACCGACGACACGUCCUCCCGUCCGAGCAUCUCCUCCUCACGGCGCGCCUCGCUCGAGCGUGACGAUCCUCUAGACUCAUCCAACCCCGCAGCCACCACCAGCCGUAGUCGACCAGAGUACCACGGCCGCUCCAUCUCCGUAUCCUCCACCUUCGACUUUGCUUCCAACCUCUUCCCCUUAUCCAGCACAGCCGGGGUCGGGUCGGGGGGCUACACUCCUUUAGGCGCGCCGACAUCAGCGGGUCUUUCAGGCAGCGCCAGCGGUGGGGGUAGUGGUAUCGGUGCGGUAGGGCUGGGAGGCGGAUCGCUGGAGAAGCACAAGACGCUGACUUACCUCAACGGGCUAUCGCUCAUCGUCGGGCUGAUCAUCGGGUCGGGCAUCUUCUCGUCGCCGAGCCAGGUCAACUCGAACGCCGGGUCCCCCGGCGCGGCGCUGAUUGUGUGGGUGGUGGCCGGGGUCCUGGCAUGGACGGGAGCGGCGAGCUAUGCCGAGCUCGGCGGCGCGAUCCCGCUCAAUGGCGGGCCGCAGGUGUACUUGUCCAAGAUCUUUGGGGAGUGGGCCGGGUUUCUGUUUACCUGGGUUGCCGUGCUGGUGCUGAAACCCGGGAGCGCGGCGAUCAUUGCAAUCAUCAUGGGGGAGUAUCUGGUGCGGGCGGCGAUUGGCGCCGAGGCGGAGACGGUCAAUGUCUGGAUCAACAAGUCAGUCGCGUUGGCGGGGUUGGCGUUGGUUACCUUUAUGAACUGCGUCUCGACGCGGUUGGGAACGCGCAUGAACGACGUUCUCAUGUUUCUCAAGUUUGUUGCAUUGCUCGGCGUUACGGUUAUUGGCAUCGUGGUGGCCGUCACAGGGUAUUCGUCUACGGGCACGGCGAAUCGGGACUGGAAAGAUCAUGCAUGGUUUGAGGGGACCAAGACGGAUGCGUCGGCAUGGGCGGUGGCGUUGUAUGCUGGGUUGUGGGCGUUUGAUGGAUGGGAUAACACAAACUACGUGGUAGGCGAGUUCCGCAACCCCAGCCGGGACCUGCCGCGGGUGAUCCACACCGCCAUGCCACUCGUCAUAUUGAGCUACCUCCUGGCCAACAUCGCCUACUUCCUCGUCCUCCCGCUUGAGACCAUCAACUCGUCCAACACGGUCGCCGUCAUGUUCGGCGCCAAGGUAUUCGGGCCAGUCGGCUCGCUCAUCCUGGCCCUCAUAGUCAGCGCCUCGUGCUUUGGCGCGCUCAACAGCUCCACCUUCACGAGCAGCCGCCUGGUCUACGUCGCGGGGAAAGAAGGUUACAUCCCCUCGCUCUUCGGCCGGCUCGGCACCGGCACGGGGAUACCACCGACUCCUGAGCUUUCCUCUACCCUGCGAACCCGCUCCUGGCUCAAAAAGAAGCUCGCAUCUCUUGUCGGCGACGAAGACACGGGCCUCUUCUUCACGCCCAUCCCCGCGCUCGUUCUCAAUGCGCUGCUCACGACAGGGUACAUCGUCGUGGGCGAGUUUGGCACGCUCAUCACGUUUUAUGGCGUGGCGGGCUACACCUUCUACUUCUUCACGGUGCUGGGCCUUAUCGUGCUCAGGGUGCGCGAACCCCACCUGGAGCGCCCCUACCGCACGUGGAUCACGACGCCCAUCAUCUUCUGCUGCGUAAGCCUGUUCUUGCUGAGCAGGGCCGUGUUCGCGCAGCCGGUGCAGACUCUCAUCGUCGUCGCGUUUGUCGUGGCCGGCGUGCCGGUGUAUUUCUGGAGGGUGAGAGGCCAGGGGAGGAGAGGGGUGCCGAUGAAAAGGGAGCUUGGGGGGCGCGGAGAGAGGAGUCCGUGGUGGAAGUUCUGGAAGAGGAGGUGA